AAGGAGACGUUGAUCGGGUGGGGGCGGAACUUCCGGUGCUCCUUGUCGGUGUCCUUUCGGUUGCUCUUGGUUUCACGGGUUCAGGGUUUCUAAGGCGCGUGGUUGGCGCAGAGGUGAGGGAGCGGGAGGGCGCAGGCAGAGUCGCUGUCCCCGCCCGGCUCUUCCCACCGGGCGGAGGCGGAGGCCGCGCCGGUGAAGCCGGCGCGGGGCCCCAUGGCGGUGGCAGAAAUGCUUAUGGACCCCGUGCAGAGCCGUGUGGUCUUCGAGGACGUGGCCAUACACUUCUCCCAGGAAGAGUGGGGCCUCCUUGAUGGAGCUCAGAGACUCCUGUACCGUGCUGUGAUGAGGGAGAACUUUGCGCUGCUGUCGUCCCUAGGUUGCUGGCCUGGAGCCCGGGACGAGGAGGUGUCACAGGUCAGGAUUUCAAAGCCAGGUCCAUCCAUCCAGGAGGCCCAGCCCUGUGAGACAUGUGGCCCAGUGUGGAAAGACAUGUUGCCCUCGGCUGAGCAGGAUGGAAUGUACCCUGAUAGAGAGCUAUACGUUCGUGGGACAAACCAAAAGGAACAGAUUGAAGAUCAGUUUUCCAGAAGGGAGGAGGGGAGGCCUUCCUCUGCAAUGAACGACAGUGUUCAAGUGGCUGAGAGUAGCUGCACACGCAGCCAAGGCAGGAAGGACUUCCCAGCCCGCACAGGCCUGCCCCAGUACCUGGCCCCUCGCAGUGUGUUGAAACCACACAGGGACCCUGAGUGCGGGGAGGCUUUUGAAAGUGGACAAAGUGAUUACAAGUGCAUUCAGUGUGGGAAGGCCUUCAAGCAAAAACAGGUACUUGUCGAGCACCAGAAAAGCCACACUGGAAUAAGACCCUAUGAGUGCAGCAAAUGUGGGAUGGCCUUCAUUAGAAAGUUCCACCUUGUUCAGCACCAGAAAAUUCACACUGGAGAAAGACCUUUUAAGUGCAGUGAAUGUGGGAAAUUCUUUCGGUACAACUCCACACUCGUUAGUCACCAGAGAGUUCACACUGGAUUAAGCCCUUAUGAAUGUAGCAAAUGUGGGGAAUUCUUUAAGUACAAUGCCAACUUCAUGAAACAUCAGAAACUUCACAGUGGAGAAAGGCCUUAUGAAUGCAGAGAAUGUGGAAAAUUCUUCAGGUACAACUAUAGACUCAUACGACAUGAGAGGGUGCACACUGGAGAAAGGCCGUAUGAGUGCAACGAGUGUGGGAAGUUUUUCAGGUACAGCUCCACGUUCAUUAGACAUCAGAGAGUUCACACUGCAGAAAAGCCUUAUGAGUGCAGUGAAUGUGGCAAGUUCUUUCGGUACAAUUCCACACUCAUUAAACAUCAGAGGGUUCACACUGGAGAAAGGCCUUAUGAGUGCAGAGAAUGUGGGAAAUUCUUUCGGUACACCUCUACACUCAUUAGACAUCAAAGAGUUCACACUGGAGAAAGGCCUUAUGAGUGCAGCUUGUGUGGGGAAUUCUUUAGGUACAAGUCCAAGCUCAUUAAGCAUUGGCAAAAUCACACCGGAGAGAGGCCUUAUGAGUGCAGUGAAUGUGGGAAAUCCUUUAGGUACCACUGUAGACUCAUUAGACAUAAGAGAGUUCACACUGGAGAAAGGCCUUAUGAGUGCAGCGUGUGUGGGAAGUUCUUUCGGUACAACUCCAACCUUAUUAAACAUUGGAGAAAUCACACUGGAGAGAGGCCUUAUGAGUGCAGUGAAUGUGGGAAAGCCUUUAGUCACAAACAUAUACUUGUGGAGCAUCAGAAAAUCCACACUGGAGAAAGGCCGUACGAGUGCAGCAAAUGUCAGAAGGCCUUCAUUAGAAAGUCCCACCUCGUCCAUCACCAGAAAAUCCACAAUGAAGACAGAUCUAUGAGCACCAGAAAUGUGGGGAAUGCUUUAGAUACAACUCCAACCCAUUAGCAGAGAAUUACACCUGUAAAGCAACUUGUAAAUGCAGAGAAUAUGGUGAAUCUUUUAGGUACCACUUGAAACUCAUUACCUUGGAGAAGCACCUUAUGAAGUACGGUAAAACCUUGGUUUGCGAGCAUAAUUCCUUCCAGAAACAUGCUUGUAAUCCAGAACACCCAUAUAUCAAAAGUGAAUUUCAGGAACCAGUGGCUCACUUGUGAUGAUGUGACGUUGGGCAGCUCGUACUAUUCGAAUUGCAAGACAUCGCUCAUUUAUCGAGUUAAAAUUUAUGAGAAAUAUCUGCUCAUCUUGCACAACACUUGCAGAACAAGUUACUCACAAUCGAAGAUAUUACCAUGUAGUGAAUGUGGGAAAUUGUUUUGGUACAGUUCACCGAUCAUUAGACACCAAGAGAUCACUGGAGGAAGACCUUGUGAGUGUAGUCAACGCGUGGUCUUUAGGUGCAGCUCCAGCCUCAUUCCAUAUCAGAGAAUUCACAAUGAAAAAAGACCUUGUUUGUGCUACAAAUACAGGCAUUUGUUCAUCUAAAAGUCCAACCUCAUUUGGCCUUAAAAAGUUCACAUCAGAGAGUAUUGCAAAGGGAGAAAGGCUUCAGCCAAAUACCUGCUCUCAUUUAUCCCUGGGAACUACCAUAAUAUAGUUCUUUGUUUUAUGUGUGCGUUGUGCAUACAUAGCACAGCUUACCCUCUCUUUGAAUUGUGCAGUUUCGUAGUGUUAAAAAUUUCACGUAUUUGUGCAACUAGUUUCCAGAAUUCCUUUCAUCUGGCAAAACUGAAACUAGACCCACAAGACAAGCUUCUACCUGCCCCCCACCACACCUGGCAACUUUGUUUUUAUACUGUGUGUCUGUGGAUUUGACUGCUCGGAGACCUCAUGUGAGUGGAGUCCUAUAGUAUUUGUCUUUUUGUGACUGGCUUAUUUUGCUUAAUACGGUUUCCUCAUUUGUCAGCAUUUCCUUCUGUUCUGAGAAGGAAUCAGAGUUAACAUACCGAAGAUAUUGGGAAGGGUGUCGAUGGAGUCAGUAACAGCUUUGCCAGGUGUAAUAUUUCUAGAGGAAGAGGAGAUCCAGAUUUUGUAUGGAAUCUUUAUUUCUUAACAGCUUUAUUGAGGUAUUGGCAUAAGUUAAACUGCAGUUAUUAAAGGUGUAGAAUAUAUUUUCAUAUACGUAUGCACAGUGGGAGCAUCGCCAGAGUCAUGAUAAUUAAUAAUCCAUAGCCCCUAUAUAGAGUUCCUUUGGCCCCUUUGUACUUCUCUCCCUCCCCAGUCCUAUGCAACUUUGCUAUCCCUAGGUGGGCACUAUCAUUUGCGUUUUCUAGAAUUUUAUAUAAAUAGAAUCCUGCACUUACUAUUGUAUAGCUGUUUUCACUAAGUGCAUAUAUGUAUUUUUAGCAUUGUCUGUGUUGCGUUUGCAAAAACAUGGCACUGAAUGACUGGCAAGGCUCUGUGUUAUGUAUUAGAGGUGCGCUGUUCAUAAACAACAAAGGUGCUAAUAAUCACUGAUUGUAAGAGUGGUUUAGAAUGAGAAAGUGAAAUUAAAGUAAAUUUAAAUUCAGUUUCA